CCAUUUUUUCUAUUAAAGCUCAAAGCUCCACGCAUCUGAAUUCUCAUCCUCUCGUUCGUCUCUGCAAAUCGAAAAUCAAAUUAAAGUUCAGCAGAUUUUCAUUGAGCAGGAAGAAGAAGACGAUGUCGUCUAUUGGGACUUCAAAGGGUGUAUUAGAGAUAGUAAAGUUCGCAGUAUACGUCUCAGUUCCAAUUGGUCUCAUGUACAUAUUCGCCAACAACAACAAAAAUCUUCAGAAAAUCAUGGGACAUCGUGAAUAUGUAGUUUAUCCUACAGAAACUGUAAGGCCCCAAUCGCCCGAGGAACUGAGGGAGAUUGCAAAAGAAAUAGGCCGGAAGAGAGAGAGGGACCAAGCAAUGCGGAGCUGAGGAAAAUGUGCAACCCCACAAAACGAAGAGGCGUAGAAGAAUUUGUAGGUCUGUUAGUAAUGUUUGCACAAAGGAACAUCCAGAGUCCUUUCUGUUCAGCGAAGAGAUGGAUGUGCUAACUAGUGUUCACCAAUAAGUGAGUUUGUUGCCAAUAAAACUGUGUAGCAAAGCCAGUGAUUGUAUUAGAAAACCUAUCUACAAAGUGUUUCUCCACCUUUAAUCACUCUAGUUGUUGAAAUGUGUGACAAUCUCUUCUUAAUGAAUAUUCUGACUCCGCUA